AUGAAUAAAGUACAUGUAACUUUAGCUCCAGCAGUGGAUUCAGAGGCCAACAAGAAGAAGAAGAAGAUACCCAGUGUAGUCCCACAAGGUGGGUCUAGAGAGGGUAGAGUGCACGCAGAUCGUACACUAAACUCAGACAAAGAUGGCAAGACCAGUGUGGUCGUGACGGCCCUAGAGGGAGUCAUAAGUGUGAACUCACUCUUCUCCGUUGCCAUCUUUGUGGGACUAGUUUUUGCAACUCCAGGCCAAAAGAGCAUCACCAGUAAAAAUCAUUGUCAGCCCGGGGUUCUAACAGUAAAACAAUUAGUAAUCUUCGAGGUGCUUGCAUUCAGUUUCUUUCUCUUCUCAUCACUAGUGGCACAGGCCAUCAAACUCUCCCUCUAUCUCCUCAAUACGGAAGGUUUGCCCGAUAGUUUCAGGGCUUUUGUCAAUGGAAAAGUCCUUAGACGAGGAAUGUUGAUGACAGCCAUCUCCUCCUUUAUGGGGUGCUUGUUUCUCAUGGUUUCUAUGAAGAAUGUGAUUGAGAUCAAGACUGGCAUGAUAUUCUGUGGGGCUAAAUCUACUAUUAUAUCGGUUAAUUUCCUCAUAGUCAUGGUUUCUUCUGGUAUUUUUUACUAUCUUUCUGCUGCAUGGUAUACAUUUACCAAGACAAACCUCCCCUAUGAAAAUAGGACUGUAACAACUGUGUGA